GCUUCGCUUUGAGUAUUAAUACUAUCACACAGAAAACGAGCAGGGGAGGGACGGGAGGAAGACAGCGUCCCGGGGAGUUGAAAAUAGCCGAUUUCGUUUGGGAAUAGUUUUAUUUCCUCAAAGAGAAAGGCUUACUUAAUAGCUUUAUUUUGUUUCUGCUCGUGGGGUUCAACGUCUUGCCGCCCACUUCAUGAUGGCAGAACAGAGCAGUAGAUACCAGCAGCUGCCCAACGAAGAGGAGCCCGGAGAGGGUGACCAGGCGGCUGCUGACGCCCCCCCUCCUUACAGCAGCAUCGUAGCAGACAAUGCAGCUUAUUUCGACUACAAGGAAGAUGGAGGGUUCCCCAAGCCACCCUCUUACAAUGUUGCCACGUCGCUCCCCUCCUACGAUGAAGCCGAGAGAACCAAAGCUGAGGCCACCAUUCCUCUGGUCGCUGGAAGAGACGAUGACUUCGUGGCGAGAGAUGACUUUGAGGAUGCUGACCAGCUGCGGAUAGGGAACGAUGGCAUUUUCAUGUUGACUUUCUUUAUGGCAUUCCUCUUCAACUGGAUCGGGUUCUUCUUGUCCUUUUGCCUGACCACCUCGGCUGCCGGUCGCUACGGGGCCAUCUCCGGGUUUGGGCUGUCACUCAUCAAGUGGAUCCUGAUCGUCAGGUUUUCAACUUAUUUCCCUGGAUACUUUGAUGGCCAGUACUGGCUGUGGUGGGUGUUCCUGGUUUUGGGAUUCCUCCUCUUCCUCAGGGGUUUCAUCAACUACGCCAAGGUCCGCAAAAUGGCCGACUCCUUUUCUACUCUCCCCCGCACCAGAGUCCUCUUCAUCUACUAAAGCUGUUUAUUUUUUUCUGUUUUGGAAAGAAGAAACAAAAUUCCUUCCUGCGUUUAGGAUCCUGGAUGCAGUAUGAGAAAAAAAAACAAAAAACAAACCCAACAUCAGAAAUCUGCACACCUGCAGGAAGUCCCAAAACGAAACCAUAGAAGAUACAAGGAAAACAAUUACUGCUUUGAAUUGCACCGUUCUGUCAAUGAAUGAGACAUUACUUUCUAUAUGUUUCUAGAUGUAAAAUUUUACUAGUGUAUGCUGAUAAAUCUGUAACCAUUCUAGUGGCUAAUGAUAAGUGCUGUUUGCAAUCAA